GGGGAGGCUGCUUUUGUGCCUCGCUCUCCUGACUCGUCGUCGUUCUUUACCAUAGUGGAGUUGGCAAACGCAGCUUCCAUUCUCGGCCUGCAGGUCCCUCCUCGACCAAACAGUCGCCAUUAUCAGAGGUACUUACUUAUCAAGUCGCUCCCUAGGGCCCGCCCAUACUCUGGUGGUGACAAGCAAGGUCCAGCAGCUGCCUCCGACAUCUCAGACACCAGCAACACUCGGACCAAAGCUCCACGCGAGACAAGAUGGACGCCAAGAAUGUCGUCUGCUUCCUGACCAUGUUCGUGGUGUUAGCGACCGGCCAGCAGCUCUUCAGCCCCACGAGCGGGAUCUGCAGCUCCUCCGGCGGCACGUGUCGCUCUGUGGUGACUGGCUGCCAGGCUGGGGAGACCCCCUACACCAGGUUCGGGUACAACGCCGCCUCCUUUUUCAUGUGCGGCAGCUACAACCUCAUGUGCUGCACGCCCAACGGCCCCAGGCUGGAUGACAACUGCGGCCAGGUGGCGCCACGCAGCAGGAUCAUUCAGGGUCUGAACACGUCGGCCUGCGACUGGCCCUACAUCGUCUCCAUCCGCUCACGCAUCAACAACCUCUUCGACCCCCUGACCCCCUCCAACACACAGCACUCGUGUGCCGGGGUCCUGCUGAACGAGCGAUACGUCCUCACGCACCCGCUGUGCUGCUACGUGCAGACAGGUGUCCUCGCCGACGCCCCGAGUAACCUGCUGGUUGUGGCCGGCGAGUAUGACGUCACCAAGGUGGACAUCGACUCCAGCACCCGACAGGGAGCCGAGCAGUACCGCCCCAUCGACCGUUGCAUCGUCCACCCUGGGUAUCAGUCGGUCGACAGUUUGCAAAACUUCAAUUUCAACGACAACAACUUGACCAAUGGUAACGCGGUGGCGCUGCUCCGCCUGAGGGACCCCGUCACCUUCAACACCUGCGCCAACAAAGCCUGUCUGCCCGGCGCCUCCACCUACAACGCCAGGAACUGCGACACCUUCUCCUACUGCGUCAUCCUCGGCUGGGGCUACGUCGACGACCAGUUCCUGAACUUGCCCACGACGCUGAAGUACGGUCAAGUGCGCCUGUACAAAGAUGACAUCUGCAACUUCCUGUCCAACGUGAUGGCCCCUGCAUACCCUCGACCUGUGGGCACCACGUGUGACAUCCCUGUGGGGGUGACGGACACCCGCUUGGGUGACGAGGGCGGGCCGGUGCUGUGUUACGACGGGACGCGGUUCGCCGUGCAGGGCAUCAUCCCCUUCAACCUGUUUGGGAUCAACAACCAGGGCUACAACCCCUACGUCACGGACGUGGCGCAGUACGAGGCGUGGAUCCGCAACACCAUCGCCACCUACAACUGAAGCCUCCACGUUCUCCAGUUCUCUCCCUUACCUCGGGUCCCUUGCCAGGCUCAGGGGCGGGUAACUUGCGGUGACGGUUGAUGUGCGUGCGGCCCUCUUGCUGUUCACGCAGCUUUGAUUACAGUUAGUGUUCUGUCGGUUAGUGUUUCUUUGUUUAGUGCUGACACUAGUGUCCACCCCUCGUCCUCCACCUUUGUGAUGUGUCUGACGUGACCCGCGUGAAGUAACAUCUUGCAGCUAACGACUGGUGACAAGUGUCAUGACAUGCAGUGGUGACACCUGGCGGUGGAAUAAUGAUGUAAAGUGACGUGUCACAUCUCGCUGGCAGCCAGCACUUGUCACUUGUCACACAUGGCGGGCAGCACAUUCGCCGGCAGACAGGAGACAACGGCUGACUGACCACGGACACGGGGCAAGGGGAGAGGACUCACAGGGGAGGCGACUAUACCAUGUGACUGGGGAGCGUGUUUGCUGUUGUGUCAAAAUGUUUCUCUCUCUGCUGAUUGUUUCUUCGCUUUCUCCUCAAUAGGCGAUUAAUUCCCUUGAUAGAAGUUAUCCCCCAUUACGAGUGACGUCCCCUGACCCAAUCAUUUCGCGAACACGUGGUUCAGAUCACUUUUCAUGAGAUUGUUGAUCGCUGGGAAAAGGUUUUGCUAAUAAAGUUGAGAAAACCUGC